AAGCAAAAACAAAAAAACUUGAUUAAUCUUUAGCUACAAAAUGAAAAACUUUUUUUCCUUUAAGAUAACCAUAAAAAUAAAACGUAUCCCAAAAUAAUUAUCUAGAAUAUUAGAAGGCUAUUAGCAAACCCAAAAAAAAGGACUACCUUCCUUUUUGUGUUAAUAUUCAGUAAAUGACCGUUCCUUGUUUAACUGUCAUUCAAAAAUAAUUUCCCUUUUCUUUUUUUUUUUUGACCAUUUACUUCAGUAACUGACCCUCCCCUAUUUUUAGGAACCCAAAGAAAAAGUCCUAAUUUCACCACCAAUUUAGUCCAUUCUCUUUCUACUCUCAUAACUUUCUAAAACGUUUUCAUGCACACCCAAUAAAACCCAAUACCACGCUCAUAUCAAAUAUUUAUUUUUAUAUAUUGUGGCUCUGUUUGAGACAGAAUUAAAGUUGAUUAAUUUGAAGAAGUUUUUUGGAGAAAGGUUUUGUAUUAUACAAUUCAGACAAACAUAUUAUUAAUGGAGAUGAUCAACGGGCAAAAAGAAGCCAAAGGAUGGAAACCUCCUACCAGGCUACAGAAGAAAGCCCCAGCAAGUCUCAAGCUUGAUCAAGUUCCCACCUCUGCUGCCAAUGAUUCCUUCAAUGAAACUUCAAAGGCCAUUCCUUUGCUAUCCCCGCUUGUUCUGUCGCCACAACCAUUGCCUGAGAUGCUGGAGAAAAGGAGGUUUGGAUGUGCAGCAGACCAACAUGAUGUUGAAGACAAGAGAUCAGAAGCAGUGCCUUUACCUGCAGAUGGUUGGCAACACCCGGCUGUGCCAACAACAUUCACAGAUCCUUCAUCUUUGUUUGCUUUCUUUCAGUCACAGUGCGUAAUCGUCAACCCGGCACAGUGAGAUGGAAACUCAAUUAAAGACUAGUUCUUCGACUCUACAAUUGGGUGUCAAAAUUUUCCAACUUUUUUUUUUCUUUUUCUUUUUUAUUUCUUCAGAGUUGGGAUAUGUUGUCCGUCCUAGAAUGACAAUGUAAAUGGUUUUGGGAGUCAUAGUUGAUGUGAUAUAUAAAUAUGUUGUAAAGGGUGAGGCUUGUUUGCAUUUUCCUGUGUUAUACGAAACAUUUUCUUUGAA